CAUUCAAUGUCGAGCCCCUAUCGAACAUUUCACUAUCUCCUCUCGUCUUGCCUUGCCGCUGCUCUGCCCCGUGCUCCCCGUCCAAUCCACACAUCGUCCAUUAUUCCAAUUCCAAUCCCAAUUCCAAUCGAUUUCAUCCCUCGCAGCCCAAUCUGUUCUAUGUUCCCCGUCUCAGAUCUCAAUCCUCAGUAUCUAUCUAUUCGCCUCACAUAACAUAGUCCUCCGUCCUCGUUUCAACCCCUUUGUUUAGCCCCUGUUUGUUUACAACCGUUGUCUUUUUCAUAUAUUCUUUCAUUUUUUGUUGCCUUGUUUGCCUGCCUGCCCUGCCGGUUCCCCGUUUGCUCGCUCUCGUUUUUCACCCACCCACACUUCAUUUCUAGCCGUUCGUUUAGCGCUCCUGGUUUCACCCCCCUUUGCUUUUGACAGUUCAUUUUAUUUAUGCAUGGUGAGAUCGAGGGCGUUCAGUCCUUAGCUUGCUUCUUCCAACCCUUUUCCUUUUUUCUUUCCUUUUCCGUUCACGAUCCACGAUCCGUCAUCACAUCAC